GAAGUAUUAAUCGAUUAUUGAUUUGAUUCAUCUUACAUCUUAUUUUAAAUAAUGUAAAUUAAAUUAUGGUUACAAAUAGCCCAAGAGUUUAUUCGUUUAAGAUUAUUUUUAAAGUAUGCUAAGAACUGACUUUGGUUGUUUUGUGUCAUAAUUAGUUUCCUUCUACACUGCCAGAAUGAUAUUUACAGUGGAUAUCCACCAGCCGGUGGAAAAUAAGAGCUUUGCCGAUAUGACUCCAGAAGAAAAACUAAGGUUCGACCAUCAGAAGAUGCAUGAUAAGCACAAGGGCCAUGAGACUAUGCAUCUGCAGAUGGUCUUGAACAUGAUCAUUAUUCUGAUUGUUGCCCAAAUCAUAUUUGAACAGUGGAAGAAAUAUCACUACAGGUCUUAUUCGAUUUUCACAAUGAUGACAAUGUGGUUAAUACCACUCUUGAUCAGUGUACUGAACUGGUGGUUAAGGUUUGUGGUGGUGUGGCAUGUAUUCUCAAUGCUUACCGGCUUGGUUAUCCAUCAGUCUUCCAAGAAACCCAUGUCGGGAUCUACACCCAGAUUGGUAUACAAAUGGUUCUACUUGAUAUACAAACUCAGCUGGUUCCUCGGUAUGUGUGGCUAUCUGUUGAUGGUGUUUACUCUGGUGGGCCUCAACACUCUGUUUGGACACAAGCCACAGAGUUGGAUGGACUUAGCCCUACUGCUUCUCUUCUACGGCCUGUACUUUGGAGUUCUAGGCAGAGAUGUGGCUGAAUAUUGCUCAGAGAGGAUUGCUGCUACUCUUGGGUACUACACAACGGAGGGUAUUCCGACGCGGCAACUAGAGAGCGACUUGUGCGCCGUCUGCGGGAACAGGCUGCUUGUGUCUGUACACGAGGAGGGAGUACUAGAGAAUACAUAUAAACUCACUUGCGGGCAUGUUUUCCAUGAGUUCUGCAUCCGUGGGUGGUGUAUGGUGGGCAAAAAACAGACCUGCCCCUACUGCAAGGAGAAGGUGGAUCUGAAGCUGAUGUUCACCAACCCUUGGGACCGGCCGCAUAUGUUGUAUGGUCAGCUCUUGGACUGGAUCAGAUGGCUGAUUGCCUUGCAGCCCUUGGUGUUGCUCUUCGUCCAUUUAAUCAACUGGUCCCUUGGACUCGAGUAGAUCCCCAGCUGCUGUUGGAUUCAAUUCAGUCUUAACAGGAUCCGCAGCUAUUGAAAUUACUGGGCAAAUGAGACUUAACGUCUCAUGUCUCAAGUCUUAUGACGAGCGCAAUUGUAGUGCCGCUCAGAAUUUUUGCGUUUUUCCAAGAAUCCUGACUGAACAGCUGAACGUCCUGCUCGUUUACUGUCAAAAAAAAAAUGUAAACAGUUCGAGCAAACUGAAUAUUUGAUGAAAUAUAUACGAUUCAUGAAUUUGAAUUUAUAUGUUGAUGAUUUAGAAUAAUUAAUAUAAUUACAUAUAAUAUCAUUAUGUAUAAUUGUGCAAACAUUUAUAUGAUGAAUAUGGAUGUUUGUUUCCGAGUCUGUAAUGUUUAUAUAUGUAUUUAUGUAUGUUUAAAUAUGUAUUAAAUAUAUCGUCUUGCAACGCAUAGCACAGGCUAUGCCUAAUUCGGGUUAAGAUAAUUUGUGUAAAAAGUGUGUCAAUAUUAUUACUAUAUAUAAAAUUGUGCAAACAUUUAUAUGAUGAAUAUGGAUGUUUGUUUCCGAGUCUAUAUAUGUAUUUAUGUAUGUUUAAAUAUGUAUUAAAUAUAUCGUCUUGCAACGCAUAGCACAGGCUAUGCCUAAUUUGGGUUAAGAUAAUUUGUGUAAAAAGUGUGUCAAUAUUAUUAUUAUUUUAUAAGUAGUAGUAAAAACAUUUCUUACAUAACAUCAUAGUCAAUAGGUACACUUACUAUAUUCGUAAUUGUAAUAUUUUGUAAUUCGUCUGUAUGUCUAUAAUUAUGUAUUCACAUGUUUUAUACACAAUUUAGGAGACUCAACUCAAUUUCUUCGAUUUUGUUUUUUUUUUCUUGAAUUCGUCUCCAUUGCUUUUACAUAAUUUGUGUUCUAAUAAGGUAUUAAUUUGUUGUCUUACUGUGCAUCUUUAAAUCUUAUAAAACCUUUUAAAUUAUGUCAAUCUUCAUAAUAUAUAAUUCAAUAUUAUAUAGGUACGGUAAUAUAAUUAAUCCGUGCUUAUUCUCACCUUCGCGGGUGUAUAAACGAAUUUGCCAAGCAAAUACUUCAUUUUAUUUCAAUGUUGCUUAAACCAAUCUAGUAUUUUAUGCUGUAAAUGUAAUACAAAAAAGAAAGAGGAAAAGAAGCUGUUACGUCUGCACUUUUUAAGUCUAAAGUCAUAAAUCUUUUACCAAAUAUGUUCCAUGAAUGUCUUAGAAAUUUCGAACUUAUUUAUGCUUUUGUCCAUCUGACUUCAAUUGAAUAGUUGAGAAAAAUACGAGUUGUAAUCCGGGAGUGCCGGCAGAAGUGAAAACAUGAAUUAAAGUUGUGCAUUUUUGAAUAUUUUGGAAUGCAUAAAGAAUAAUUUCACAGUUUAUUUAUCAGUAUAAAAGUACUAGCAUUUAUGUGGUUAAAUACAAUAUUCAUUUAUUGCGCUAUCGUAAUAUCGACAAAUAAAAAAUUUAACACUUCAGAACUAUUACAAUUAUUUUACAUUAAAAUGUUUAUCUCAGAAAAAUCAACUUUCAUCUGUAAUAAACUGUAAGAAUAUUUCACGGCUAAGAUCCGAUCCCUCGACCUCGCGGUGUUUCACAAGCAGUUAGAAGUACAAAUCUUUCAUCCGUAAUAUAAAUGACUGUCUUACGAAUUUUUCAUCAGGCCUCGUGACCUGAUGCGAGUUUAACAUUUCAGAGAGAAAAGUGCUCAACGCCGCUAAAGAAGUUUUCUCUUUAAAAGUGGCAACAACAGAACUAAACUCAUUGUCACUGAGACUACCUGGAUAUCCCGGAUAUAGCUCGGUAUAGGAAAGUAAUUUAACGAUUUAAAAAUAAUACUUGAACAUAUUAUGAAAGAUUGUCUUAGUGGGUUAAUUUAUAAGAUAUGAUUGAGGAUUGCAUUACUUUAGUCCGUAGAUCUCUCGUGCCCCAACGUGUACCCAGUAGAUGCACUUACAAUUUCCACACCCCUGGUGAUCGAGCCUGAACCACUGUCUUAUUAAUAAACGUAAUGUAAAGUUACUCCAAACAGCGUCUAUAAACGAUCUCAAGACUACUUAAUUAAGUUGUCUUGAGGUCGUAUAUACGUUAUUUUACUCUAGUGGGAGACUCUUUUGCACAAGGUACCGAGCAGUAAGUCAUUAUCAGAAACAAGUAUUUAAAUAAUUCUGUUAUCAACAUUAAAAAUUGAUAUGGUUGGGUACAUAAUUAAAUAUUUGGCAUUGUCCCCAUUUCUAUUAAAGAUAUUUUUAAUAGGUUUUGAUUUAGGUGUAGCUAUAGUGGGUAUAAGAUCAUAGUAGCGAAAAAACGAACCAAAGCUUUAAAUAACAUAAUCCUUAUUGAUUUAUUAUAGGUGGCAAUAAAAAUGCGGGUAGGCCGACAUUUUUGAUACUAUAAUGCAUUAAUUAUAAUACAUUUACAUAUAAUGCAUUUACCUAUUA